ACCGAUAAACGCAACACGAGAAGCGCUAAUGUAACGGUGGUUUGUAAAUGACUUGACUGGACAGAGCAAACUUUUGUGUUUUCCGUUUAUAUUUUCAAUAUUUGUAACGAUGGAACAAACGCGUGUUGUUGUGAUGCUAAGCAACACCAAUUCUGACCAGGACCCAACGGAAAAGGGAGGCGACACUUUCAGUGGACCUGCAACAGGGCGUCCUCAUUCGAUGUCAUCUGCUGGGGACACCUUCCAGUAUGGCGGCCAGGUGAAUGUUUUGGACGAGCGCACUUUGCGUCUGCUUUAUUGCCAGAACGCAUCCAGGCCGCACCUUCUGCUGGCCCAGAAGUUCCGCUUCGAUGUGUUGACCACCCAGGAGAAGGGUGAUGAAAUUCCAGCCCUGAUGCACUGUCUCUUUGUGGAUCAACGUGACGGAUUCGUGAUGCAUUUGAGAGUGGAACGCGAGUGUCAUUUGAUGUUCUUGCUGGACACACUGGUGAUCCAGGUCAACGGGAAACUGCAACGCGAGGGACUACGUCUCGAGCGGGGAAUCGUGCGUUUCCGAAAGCUAUUGGAGGAAGAAAGGAAUAGCUCCGCGGGGAACAGUAUGCAGACGCAGUGCGCCUUCACCGACUCCCAUGGGUUAAUGGUCUGGCUGUUGAAUCAGUACCGAAUGAGGGCUGACCUGAGUACAGGACCGGGUCAUGAGGCUCUGGAGGUGGAGUAUGUUGUGGAACGGUCCGAGACAGGUGUGUCAUUCACCGUCCGCCUGUAUGUGCUAUUGGUGGCUCUGGAGGAGCUAAGCGUAACUUCAAUGUGUGGACUGCGCUGUUAUUUCAGCGAUGACCUUAUGACUUCCUCGGUAGUAGGUACUGAACUGAUCUCCUUCAUGCACCACGCCGCCAACCAGCCGCGCAGCAAUCCGCUGUACAUGCUUCUUCUGGUCCAUGUGAUGGCAAGAAGUUCUCAGAUGGAUGCCAAAAACGUGCAGCUUCUAAGUUUGGCCCAUUUGGCCACUCAACAGCGUUCUCCCCAACCCGAUACUAUGGCUUCCAGCACCUCGUUUGCCCAGUUGCAUCAGCUGGAGAACUGCCAGCGGGAGAUAAACGAUCGCUUCAAGUUGGUCCACGGGUGCUUGCUGCAGUACAUCCAGCAGGCGGAACAGCUGAAGCGCUAUCGACAACGUUUCGACGAGCAGUUGGCCCAAUUCGAGGGCCUGCUGCAUCAAAUAGCCGACACAGAAUUUGGACACAUGCUGCAGGCAUCGCAGGCGAACCUUAAGCAAAUGACCGAUCUGAUGGACAAUCAUUCGUAGAUUUAAGCUCCCAAACCAAACAUUUAAUUGAAGAAUUCGUGUACUCGUGAUAGCUAUUGUAAGCCGCCCUGCGUAUGUUUUUUUGUUUUUUGCUUAAACUGUCUUCAUUUGAAAAUUUUAUUUUAAGGCUGUCAAAAUAAAAUGUAAUAAAAUUAAAUAAACCUUAAUGCAAAAGGAGCUCUUUACCGCGGAAGCAGAAGAAACAACCGUUGGGAAAAGCUACGAAAAACAAAA